AUGUCCAUGCUGCGGGUAGCGGGCACCACCAUCGUCAUGGCCGAAAACACUACCGCGACUGAAAAGUGGUGGCUGGAGCCUUUCAGCAUGUUCCAGACGCUGGACUCUCAACGCAUCUCAUACGAGACCGAUGAAGAAGCGCUAUGGUCUCUCUACUUUGCACCAGAACAAAACGGGACAGCAAACAACACCUACGCAGGCCCGACCCUACCCCUGCUCGGCUCCUUCUCCCUCUACGAAUGGAAGAGCAACAUGAUGAGCCUGUACAGAAAGCUAGGCUAUGCAUCCUUUGCGCCUUCAGAGUACAUCUACGGCAAUCAGCAAACCUAA